CUCGGCUACAGAUCACAUGCGCCUCUUUGUUUCGGCAAAAUUCGGUGGAUAUGAAGGCGGGUUGAUGCGUUUUGAGAGUCGUACAUAUAAUGGCUAUGCCUUGAAGCGAAAACGAGAUGCGAUUUCCAGCGUCUAAAUAUCUCUUUUGGGGAUUUUGUCUAUGGAUUUUGUCUGGUAAGCUAAAAUUGGCCGUGGAUGUACUGUACGCGCUAGAAUCGUGUUUGUUUGAUUUUCUUCGUUCGUCAAUUUACAAUGCAAUUACAGCAGUAUGAAUAUUUCAGCACCUAUUCUGAAAGAACUGCAUCACUGGUUUAUAAAGUCGCUUUUUGGCAUCCAGUUAGUACAUAGUUGGAAAGAUUUAAAGAAUAGUACUGUCAAAAGUAUUCUUAGUCCUCUGUUUAUCACCUGAAGAUUCAAGAUCAGGUCUUCUACGCGAGCGGGAAAGCGCAUCUGUUCUGUCGAUCAUCCCUCAUGUCACCUCCAUGUCUUCCUCUUUCAUGUUUUGUAGGGAAUUUUCUUUCGGGAUUCCAACACAAGCGAUCGCUUGAUUCUUCGAGGUAAGCUUUAAGAAGUGCAGACCGUUGUUUUGUUUUUAUAUUAGUUCACUGUUUGCUUGUUUAAUGUAAGAAAUAAUUAGACGUGACGUGGUAUGCGACUCCGGUGAAUGCACCAUGCAAAUUCGCUUUGUGUAGAGUGAGUUUGGGUCGAGAAACUAUUCAGAGCACGUUUUCACUAACAGCUUUUUACGCUGGCGGUUAUCACACAGAAUGUGUUGUUCCAUUGAUACGUCUUCGUUAAUUGAAAUUCUUACAAAUUUCCAUUCCUUUGGUCGCGUAUUCCUAUCGCAUUUCCUUCACUCGUGCAGAGAACUAGCGGCGAUGCUUUGAAAUCUAAUCGUGCCCUAGAAUUCGCUUGGGGCCAGAUGGGACUAUGCAAUGAUUGAGAAAGUUCAGACGGUCUGUUUGAAAUCUUAGAUAACUGCAGUAAUGAAGCCCGAUCGAGAGAUGCAAACAGCAAAAGAAAACUGCUAAACGACGCAACACCUCGCUUGUGUUGAUUUCGUAGUUUGUUCAUUUCGCUUUGUUUUCGUUGAUGGAUUCCCUGUUCGUUUCAUUCUCUUCUAAUCGGCAGUGGAUAAUCCGCCUAAUAUAUAUUUUUCCAUUUUGUUUUGACCUCAAUAAAUUAGAAGGUCAGAAUAGUAGUAGAAAUGUUUAUUCCACUUGAAUGAAAUGAGAAGAAGUUGUGUGUGUUGAAACUCAAGAGCUUUGAUGAGUGCUGUAUUGUUCGAUUCAGCUCUAAAGCAUCGUACAGUUUGUUUUAGAUUGUGCCGCUCGAAGGAUUUCAUUGUUCUGCUUUAAAGUGCGAAUGUGGAGAACAAUGGAAAAAAUUAACGUGGAAGUCUAUCCGGACUGGAAAUUUGCAUGUCAUGGUUGCUUACUCCCUUGACUUGUUUAUAUGUUUAGUCCAUUUCACAGACUCCAUGAUUUAAGGUUCUCGGAUCAUUUAAGGACCAUAAAUUGACAACUCCUUAUCUGAAAGUUUUCAGGUUCAAAGCUUGCGUUUUUGUAGCGUUUUUGAACAAAAACACAUUUCAAAUUAGGUAGGGGUUAAAUAAAUACCGACGUUUGAACUCGAUUUAUCGCCAAGUACAACAAAAUCUAUUGAUCGACGUGGAUUUGCGCAAGUUCUGUGGUCAACUUGAGCAGGUCGUCUUUUUCCGUUAAUUGAAACACAACAGAGCUUAGACUGAAAAUUCCGUGACAUCAUGACAUCAAUUAAUUCAGUGAUCAGCAGGGAGCUCCAUUUGGAACAUCUAAGCACCAUUAAGAGUUGCUUUGAGUUUGUCUUUCAAGAUUAUUUAAAAAAUUUAGCCACAUUAGAUGAAAUCUCCUUACCAUAAAUAGCUCAGACUUAACACUGUUUAGAUGGACACAAAAUUCUAACUUCUAAACAUGUUUUUGUAUGUUAUCUCAUGUGCAUCAUUAAUAUGUUAAACCUAAGUUAAGUCUUAGUGUGGUCAAGAUAUUGACAUCAAAACUGUCGAGAAAAUCAAGUCAAAUAUAGUUUGUGUAAGGUGAUUACAAGUUAUUAUUAACAUUUUAAAAUAAAUGUAUACAUUUUUUUAACAUCUGUCUGUCUCUUGCAGCUCACAUUUGUCAAAUGACACAAGAUUAUGCUCAGACUGUAAAGGUAUGGGGUGAGAAGGAGGUCAUGAAAAUUGAUUUGACUUAUGCAGAGAUGGAGAUUGAAUUCUCCAGUUUCAUCUAGUUACUAAAUUUAUUUUCUGGCUCUCAGAAAUAUUUGAAUACCACCAGGGAUAGAUUUGAUAGCAAUUCCUGGGAACUGAAAAAAAUAUAUUUUAAAAAGAGCCCUGAAACAGCAUGUAAAGCUAAAAUGAAAUUUGGGAGAAGCAAAGUUAAGUUGUGGAAGAAACCCUCUGAAGGAGGUGUAUAUGGCACCUGACCUAACAUUUUGAUUAUGAUCUUUUUUUAAUGUUCUUGAGCAACAUCAAUAAUAUAAUGCUAUACAGUUACCAGCCACCCUGUAGCCCCAAAGGUAAUAGAUGAUGGAGAAGGAAUUGGGGAGUGGCCCAGAAUUUGACCCCUUGACCCGUAAAAGUGACCAGGAUUUAAUUUCUACAUGCAGCACCAUUCCUAAAUCAAACGUAAUCAAACAUACUAAGGUCACAAGAAUAAAGAAAAUGAUUAAUAUCUAAAAAAGCUUUGACUUGAUUGUUAACAAAUUCUCCAUGUUAGUUCCACAAGAAAUAUACAGAGAGCAGUGCUCAGAAUAUGCAUACUGAUGUUUAGAUAGAAAGAGUUGAAUUAAAGGCACCUUUUCAAUUGAAUAGUCUUAAAGACUUCAAAUUAAAUUUUAAGCUUCUGGAAAUCUUUUUAGUUUCUUGAUGUACCACUGUUAUUGUUUGUGUUAGAUAAUCAUCAAGUUACAAUACAAAAUUAAUAGAGUAUUCUUGUUAGGAUCUUAAACCCCCAAGGUCUCAAGAUCUGGUUAUCAACUCCCUUCUAAGUAUAAUACAUUUCCCUAUAAAUUGCUAUUAGAGAAUUUGGUGCUGUAUCAUGGAACAGCUUUCAACUGAGCAGUUUCCUUUUCUUUAAACCUGUUUGAUGAGAAGUUUAUUAUAACUGUAGGGAGAGGUAACAUGUUGAUCACUUCUGAAAGUGAAAGGGUUAGCUCUACUUGUUUUUUAGGUCUAUGACUGUGAAGACAACAUUAUUCACCAGUUUUUUUUUCCCUCCAUAGCACCAGAAUUUGACAAGCCCCUGCAGAAUAGAACAGUAGUUAAAGGAAAAAAGGUGUUGCUUAAAUGCUAUGCAAGUGGCAAUCCUAAGCCAGAGGUGACAUGGUACAGGAAUGGCAAAGCAAUAAGAAACAAAAGCGGCCCAUUUUCCAUCAUUGAAAGGUAAAUACAUCUAUCACAAAUUGUUCUCUCUUUCUGAUAUUAUCACCCAUGUAAUCGGACCCAUCUACAGGAUGAAGAAAGUAAUACUGGGUUAAAACCUGCUUUUAUGAAUUAUGCCAUGUUAUAGUCAUAGUUAGCUGUUAUAUUUAUUUUUUUAUAUUUAACAGUAUAUUGUUAAAUUAAUAUUUGUAAAUGUUUCUUCUUGUAAAGUGAUGGUUUCAACACUUUUGCAAAAUGGUAAACAUGUUACAUGUAGGUUCAGACAAUGAGAUCAUUCUCUAGUUGAAUUUGCCUUAUUUAAGUCAGUGUUUUUCUCAUAGUUUUUCUUCCAAUCCAUGAGUAUUAGAUGUAAAUAAAAGAAAAUUGUUCAAGAUGGCUGGGGUUAUCUGUGAUAGAGUAGUAUCUUAUUAAGGGAAAACAAGAGCUCUCUUAGGGUUCUUCCCAGAGCUAAAUGGUGUAGGUAUUAUGUUGGUCAUUUUGACAGGCUUAAACCUUUAACCAGUAAAUCUAUUUGUUACUGAUUACAGAAAUGGAAGCUUUAGGCUAAAGAUUCGUAUGGUGGAGUUAAGUGAUGCUGGUUGGUACAUCUGUGUGGCAAACAACUCAUUUGGGAGAGCACAGACACAAGCAUAUCUCACCGUGAAUAGUGUGAACCCAAAGUCGACUCCACACAAACCAACCCUUGGUGAGUGGUUGAAGAAAGUUUUUUUAACCGUUAACUCUCUUAACCCUUUCACUCACAAUAUCUCAAAGAAAAUUCUCCUCACUGUCUGCCAUACAUUUGUUAUUAAGUUUGUUCUAAGAAUUUGGUGUUGGAUCAAAUGAUAAUUCCAUAGAUAAAAAUUUUUUGCUUUCCUUGUCACUUGGCUGCUUGAUAUUGUAUUGAUACUGUAUAGAUAAUUUAUGUUUUGGUCACCCCUGGGAGUGAAAUGGUGGAGAAUGUUUUCUUUAAGUUUGAGAAUUUUUAUGGUGGGCUGAGAGGAUAAUGAAGUUGAUUGAAAAAUGGUCAGAACCAAGAGGAACACAGAAUUCAUGCAGUUGGUAGAACUAUUGGAAAAAGUAUGGAACCUUUUAGUCUUGCAUGGCUGCAAGUCCAAGGCACUUAAGUUAGUUACUGUGUACCUUUGAUAGAUUUUACACACCCCUAAGUGAUAUUGGUACCCCUCUAAUCUGCCCUCCCCAAAAUUGUGUGCAAGACUCAUUCUUAUUCUUGAGAUUUUAAAUGUAUUGGAGAGUAAUUAUUUGGAAAUAUUAAAUGUUACUUAAUUUUGUUAAUUACAUUUGUCACAAUUAGUAACUUUUCAGUUCUGGAAAAAAAAAUUUAAAAAAUUGAAAUCAUGACAUAUGUAGCUGUUUCAUUAAUACUUUACAUAUUAAGUGUUCUUGUACAGUGUAUUUGUGAGGUUAUGUUUUUGACAGAAUUUCAUCUUUCACUUUUAGAGAACACACCUUCAUCUUCUGCUCCUCUUGCUUCUAAUACUCAAGGUACAUGUACACAAUUGCUUUAAAAGUAAUAUUGUUACACAAAAUCCAUAUUCUUCCACAGAGUGAGUAAAAUUUAAUUACCACAUUCAUAUCCAAACAUACUGUUAAGGUUGUUAUUCCUAACAUUCCUAAUUGCUGAGAGGCACUCAAGAGAGGAGGGAGGAGGGGGUUACCAUUUUGAUUCAAAAUCAACACUUGUCAUAAGAUGUCAGUCCACAAGUUUGCAAGGGGGUUUCAACAGCUCUUUCCACAAGUGGCUACCAAUGGUGAAAUGGGUGACUGUUUCCAAAAAAUUUGCCUUUCAAACCUUACAAAGAUGAGGCAAGGGGUUGUAGAACCAGUUGCAGGCAAUUGGUAAUUAUUAACCUUUAAACCCUCAGAGUGACCAGCAUCUACUUUCUCCUGACAGUAAUGCUGCUGAAUCAUUAAUUGAAUUCAUGAGAAUAAAAGAGACGAUUACCAACCUAAGCAGCUUUGAUUAUUAUUGUGCCAAAGAUGAUAUUUGGAAAAGAGAAUAGGGAAUAAAGAUACUGAUGUUAGGAUGUAACAGGUUAAACCCCUGGUGGUGAGAAUUCAUUAACCCUUUACACCUUAAAUCAGUAUGCAUAUUCUCCAUACUACUCUUUAUACAUUUCCUAAGGUGCUGAUAAGGAGAAUUUGUUGACCAAUCAAAAGCUUAUUUCACUGGUGAUCAUUUCCUUUAUUCUCAUAACCUUAAUGUGUGAUUCAGGGAUGAUAAUGUAGGAAGAAAUUUGAUGCUAGUCACUCUCAGGGUUUAAAGGGUUAAAAGCAUUAAUUUUGGCAAUCCUGUAAUUUGAGCAGUGCCUUGUGUUGUACUGUAUGUUUUCCACUUAUUCUCAGUCAAAUGUUCUGUUUUAGCUACCGAACUCUCACAGCAAGCUAAUCCUGGAUACAGCACACGAGACGAGGGACAGGACAAGCCAACAUUUGGUGAUGAGUAAGUGGAUGUUAACCAUUUCACUACCAAGAUCUGGGAUAUAGUUUUUACCCUUUUAGAGCAUUUGCAUGUUUGAUUUGUAAGAGGAAUUUCCUUUGAAGUCAACUUCUUGAUAGAAAGAAUUCAGAUGCAACUAGUAGAGUUAUCAGAGAUUUACUUUCAAUUGUUAGCAUCUCAGUUGGUGAAAUUGUGCACCAUAAAUUCAAAGGCACAGACUUCUCUUUUACAAGUUGUGUUUUACUCUUUCAAACAAUUUUUUUUGUUUCACCCCUAGGGAUAUACCUACACCUCCAUCUCUUUCAGAAAAUGGUUCCUGCGUCAUCUACAAUGGCACAAUUUGUGAAAAACUAUUGAAAGGACAGCCCAUCUUUGUCAGAAGUUAUGAAAAACUAGAAAACAUUGAGAAAAAAAUCAGCAUUGCUUACAGCAGAAUACAAGAUUAUAAAAAGAUCAGCAAGCAGUGUAGGCCAUUUGUACAACCUUUACUGUGCCAUUUCAAUUUUCCCAGCUGUGACAAGACCUCUUCUGUUCCAACUCCUCGUCAUAUUUGUUAUGAAAAAUGUGAAUUUUUGCGCACUGAUAUUUGUAAAAAUGAGUACCUGGAGGCUAGAAAAGCAUCACUACAGGGAGUCCUUCUUCCAGAAUGUUCAACAUUGCCUCGUAAAGAUUCAAAGCAGGGAAAGAACUGUAUAUCUAAAUUGAAGGGCAAUACUCAGAGAAAUACAAAGCCAGUAGUAGGAAAGAAUGGUUAGUGUCAGAGAUUGUUAUUUCUUCCUCUUCCUUCAUACUGUAAUUAUAUUAACCUUUGGGAGUAAAUCUUGUGGUUUAACUCAAUUAAGGAACUUGAACAACAAAAUCAUGAUAAUUAUAGCUGAAAACUACUAAGGAAAGAGUACAUGUUAUGAUAACUUUUCAAACAGGUACUAAAGCUUUAUCUAAUUGUUUGUGUUUACAAUAAGUUUUGCACAAAGUCACUAUUACAUGAGAUUUUUAGGUUGGACAUUCACAUGAAAAGAAGUACACAGGUGAAAAUGAAAUAAAUCAAAAUUUAUGAAUUAAGUGUUUACUGAAGAAAUUUUGUUUGUGUAGGUGCAUACACUACACGAAUUCACCUGUGGACUGCUGUUUUGAUCAACUAGGAAAUAACAUUUCGUGAAAGUCAGCAUUGUUAAUUGCUUAAAUGGCCUAUAAAAAAGACAAUUCUCUCCUGUUUUAUCUACUGUUUUUCUUACCACAGUAAGAUAUUUCUUGCUGUAGUAAGACUUGCUCAAUUGGCUUUUGUUUCAUUCCUUAACCCUUUAAGUCCUGGAUCAAAUUUGGGAUUCUCCUUUCUGUCAACUAUACAAUCUUAUAAUUUGAUGAUCAACUAAUUAUCCCCAAAUUGAUCUUUUUCUUUAUUCUCAACCCUUAUCUGGUUGAUAUUGUAUUGAUAUUGUAAGGAGAAAUUCUGUCUUGGUCACUAAUGGGAGUUAAAGGGUCAAGAUGUAAUGAAUAAAGUAAGGAAACACAACCACACUGAGCUCAGCAUUACAAAGCUUGUAGUAAAACAUGAUACCAUAGGAGAGUAGUGUUUUAAUUAAAUGAAAUCUCAGUAGUUUUAAUAUUUGUUUGGUCUUGGUUUCAGCUACACCAAUGAAUGCAUGCUAUAAAGACAGAGGAGAAGAUUUCCGUGCAAAUGUUAGUGUUACAGAAAAAGGCCUGAAAUGUCAGCACUGGAAUGCUACCAAACCUCAUCAUCACAUUUUGUCGCCAACAGAAUACCCUGAGCUUGCAGGAGGACACAACUUUUGUCGAAAUCCUGGAGGGAAAAAGGAGAAACCAUGGUGUUUUACUACUGAUGUCGACUUUAAGUUUGAUUACUGUGAUAUUCCAAGUUGUGGUAAGCUUGUAUUUUUUUUGUUUUUGUUUUUGUUUUUUUUUUAAUCUUGAAUGGAUGUUAAAUAAUCCUUACCUCCCAAGAUCUGAUUGUUAAUUUUCUCCACUAGCUCAUACACAUUUCCUUGAAAAUUAGUACUGAGAGCUCGGUGCUAGAUAAAGAUAACUUCAACCUUAUAAGUUUCAAUAUUCUCAUAACUUAUUUGCUGGAUAAUGGAUGGAUAUUGUAGGGAGAAAAUACAUAUCAAUCACUUUGGGGAGUAAACGGGUUAAAAGUGGUAUAGUGGAGGUGUGUUCUUGUUAAUAGUGUGGUGGACUCCUGAUAAACAGACGGGAGAUGGGCCGAGAUGUGUCAUAUGCAAUAAUAACAAUAACAAUAUGAGCUUGUCAGUACCAAACAGAAUGUAUGAAGAAGAGUACAGAGAGUAUGGAUACUGAUGUAGAGGUGUAAAGGGUUAACCCUUUCACUCUCAAGAUCUCAUUAGUAAUUAUCCUUACUGUCAGCAUAUAGUUAUUAUGUUGUUAUUUUGGAGAGUUUGAUAUUGGAUCAACUAAUCCUGUAAAUGGUAAUUUUCAUUAUUCUCAUCACACUUCCACUUGAUAUUGUAUUGAUAAUGUUGGGAGGAAUUCUUUCCUGGUCACUUUUGGGAGUGAAAGAGUUAACCCUGUAACUCCCAGAUCAAAUUUAUAAUUCUCCUUACUGUCAACCAUACAAUUCUUAUAAUGUUAGUUUAGAGAAUUUAGUACUGGAUCAACUAAUUAUCCCCAAAUUGAUAUUUUUCUUUUUUCUCAUCACUUAUCUGGUUGUUAUUGCUUGAUAUUGUAAGGAGAAAUUCUGUCUUGGUCACUCAUGGUAGUGAAAGGGUUAAGGGAGGUUGUUUCUACUAAUUUUUUCUUCUACUAAGUGCAAGAUGAAGUGGUGUGAAAUACAUGAACUUCUAAGUCCUCAUAAUGAUUAACUUGUUCUUUCAGAUAAAACAUCCACUACUCCACCAUCUAUACAGAUUGUAAGCAUCUUGUACACUGUUAUUCCAUGUCUGUUGUUUGCCAUCAUCUUUUCGUUAGUGGUGAUCUUCAUUUGCUGGAGAUAUCAUAAGCAGAUCAUCUACCAAGCUGCUCAGACAGCUGCCACUCCACUUGUACCUGUUGUGGGCAAAUCAUCAUAUCCAAAGGUAUGUUCUGUGCAAAUUGUGGUGAGGGGAUAACAAUUUUUGAUGCAAUGAAUGACUGUCAUAGCAAAUCAGGUCUCCUUGUUCCACAAAUGAAAUGUGAAAAUAAGGAAUUGUGUGUCACUAAAAUCACUUCAAAAAAGUCUCCAAGAUGCUCAAGAUCAAGAGUUUGAUAUAUUAGUAAGAAAAUAGCAAACUUGGUUUUUUUUUCUCCAUUUUUUGUUUCAGAUCAAAGAGAUGCGUAGAGAGACUGUAAGAUUCAUAAAAGAUGUAGGUGAAGGAGAAUUUGGCAAACUGUACAAAGGUGAAGUUUUGGAGAAGGUUGAAGGAAUCCAGACAAGAGCUAUCUUAGCAAAAGUACUCCGAAACAGCUCAUCUGCAAGGAACCGGGAAACCUUCUUGCGCCAAGCAGAGACUUGGUCAAAAUUUAGUCAUCCAAAUGUUAUCAGCAUUGUGGGAAUGUGUUACAAUGGGCCUCCCACAUGUAUACUGUAUGAGUGCGUAGAGUAUGGCACAUUACAUGACUACCUGGUGGAGAACUCGCCUCUAGAGGGAGCUGUGGAUGAUGACGAAGAUCCUGAACCUCUUAAUUAUUAUGAUCAACUGCAGAUUGCUAUUCAAAUUGCUGCUGGAAUGAAUUACGUAUCCCAACAUAAUUACAUCCAUGGAGAUUUAGCAGCUCGCAACUGUAUGGUGGGGCCUCGUAUGACUGUCAAAAUUACAGACAUGGCUUUAUCGCGGAACCCUUUUUCCGAUGACUAUUGUCGUGUUCCAAAUAGACCUCCUAUGCCCAUACGCUGGAUGGCUCCAGAAGGGGUAUUGAAUUACAGGUUCACUGUAGAGACAGAUAUAUGGUCCUUUGGUGUGGUCCUCUGGGAGAUAUUUUCUUUUGGUUCCAGGCCUCAUGAAGGAUGCUCAGAUGAAGAGGUCAUGGACCAUAUUAGAGAACAUGUGUUGUUACCAUGCCCUGCAGACUGUCCUGCCAGAAUCUUUUUUUUAAUGAAAGAAUGCUGGGAUAUAUUGCCUCCAAGUAGACCACGUUUUAGUACAAUAUAUACUCAACUAUGUGCACUCAGAUGGGACACAAAUGGACCUCGAGAACCUCUUGAAAAAUUUGAGAGAGAAUGCUUUCAUGUCGAUGUGUGAUAGGCAGUGAAAAUAACUGACGUAGAAGUGGACUAAACUUCAAAGGACACACAAUGAAAUUUGAAGUUAACUGACCCAGAUGUGGUCACAACUCCAGUGCAUGCACAACCAUCCACACAGUGUAUCAAGUGACAUAAGUGAAAUAUCUCUGUCAGAAAUAAAGAUCCAAGCCAGUAUUGCAUGCAGAUGAAGCAGAAUGUGAAGUUAUUAGGGGACAACUAGAGCUCCAGAACUUGAGUUUAUGAGUCCAUCUUUUGCAAAUCAAACGAAAAGAUCAAAUUGAUAAGGAAUGAACAAAAGAAAUUCAUUUGAAGUUCACACAAUCGUCACCAAAUUUAACCCUUUCACUACCAUGGUGACCAGUAUGUAAUUUCUUCCCACCAUAUCAGUGCAUUAUAAGGGAGAAUUGUGACAAGAAAACAUCCACUAAGCA